AUGCCCGCGGCCGGCGCGCUCGAGCGGAACGGCUUGCGUCUGGAGUUGGCAGGGGUAAAAUUUCAUCUCCAGCGGCGGCGGUGGAGGCACCACGCUUUUUUUCCCCUCCUUUCCCCCCUAGCCGUGGUGUCUGUGGACGGCAAGCCGGUGCGACUGCAGCUCUGUGACACGGCUGGGCAGGAUGAGUUUGACAAGCUGAGGCCUCUGUGCUACACCAACACAGACAUCUUCCUGCUGUGCUUCAGUGUUGUCAGCCCCUCGUCCUUCCAAAACGUCAGUGAGAAGUGGGUCCCCGAAAUCCGAUGCCACUGCCCCAAGGCGCCCAUCAUCCUGGUGGGGACACAGUCGGACCUCCGGGAGGAUGUCAAGGUGCUCAUCGAGCUGGACAAGUGCAAGGAGAAGCCGGUCCCGGAGGAGGCCGCGAAGCUCUGUGCCGAGGAAAUAAAAGCCGCGUCCUACAUCGAGUGCUCGGCUUUGACUCAGAAAAACCUCAAGGAGGUUUUUGAUGCGGCCAUUGUGGCUGGAAUUCAGUACUCAGAUACGCAGCAGCAACCAAAGAAAUCCAAGUGUAGGACUCCAGACAAGAUGAAAAACCUCUCUAAAUCUUGGUGGAAAAAAUACUGCUGUUUUGUAUAGGAGUUGCGAGGAUCCGAGUGCUGCUCUGAGGAAAUCAAAUAGAAGCUAUAUUAGCUGAAAUCUCAUUCUGUGUUGUCCGGGGUGUAUAGCUUAGGUCUGUAUGUAUGUAUGUGUAUAUGUUGCUACUUGGUAUCUCCGUUGCCCUCACGAGGGUGGCAGAAGGAUUUGUAGUUAAAUCAUGGCUAUAAAUCAAGUCUGGCGUUGAGUUUCGUGACUAAUAUCUUUCAUUGCGGAAGAAGUGCACCAUGUAUCUGUGAAGUUAUAAGGAUUUGUCCAAAGGAUUUGACUUCUUGUCUUACCAUGUGUACCUGAUGGGGAGGAACAGACGGGAACCUUUUGCUGCAAGGGCUGCACAGGAGGACUGUGGAAAUGUAGAGCUGUGUACAUGGACGGUUAAAGGGAAAAUAACACUGUGCCUCCUAACGGACCUUUCUAGCUUUAAAAAACCCACUCCUGCUCUUUUCUCCAUGUCUUCCCAAACCAACAGUCUUAGGGAUCGCUUUAAAAAGGGUAUGCAAGAGGUGUAAUCUAUACUCAAAUGCUAUGGUUGGAAAGGUCACAUAUAUACCUUCAGCAUGCUGUGAGGGAACCUGAUAUGUUACAGCACUGACAUCUCAUUUGUCGCCUCCUGACUUGAGGGUCAUUUUUGUCCUUUUCCCCUCAUGCUGAGGGCGUCACAAGGAAGCCCAAGGAGUGUUACUGAGCCUUAGCUCACUACUUUGGGUGGCAGUGGGUUUCUCUCUCUUUGUGUGGACAUGAUGACAGUUGGUCUAUUUCAACAGAAAGGAAUGUAAAUGCUGUUGGGUUGGUUGUUUUUUUUUUUAAUCUUUUUUUAAUUAUUUUUUUUUUUAAGUAGAUGUAACAAAUAUCCGUGCAGCACCAUGCAAACUGCAUCUGUUUUUAAGUCUACAGCCAAGAGUUUCAGAAUGCCCCUCCUUACCUUUCAGGCUGCUAAACAAACAACAAAGCAGGCAGAUAAAGGUGAUAACAGACUGGACUCCAGCAACUGAGGCUGCUGUGUCCUCUUUAUCGUGCUGUUUUCAACCAAGUUAAUGUUUUCCUCCUAAAAGCAACGGUUGCUUACGGUUGAAUCUUGUCCAAACUCAUGCUGGGGAAAUGGGCUGAGGCCACUCUGAAAAUGCAACUGACAGUGUUUUCCCAGAUCAGUCCAACAGGUUAAACGUGCCUAAAAUGUAGCUGAGUGAUCAAGGUAAUGCAGAGCUGCGUGUGACCCACCCUCUGACUAAAUCCAAUUCCUACUGGGCUAAGCCUAAUUUCAGUCCCUGUGGGUUUGAGAGGCUGGAAGAGUAACGUGACUCUCUGCAAGAAUGGUAUUUUAACUUUUUCUGCAGAGGGCAUUUAGUCUGUGCUGUCUGUCUUUUUAUGGCCCCAACUACUUUUUUUUUCUUUCCUAGGUAUUUCAAGAUCAGAUUCUAUUCUUUUUUUUUUCCCUCCAUUUUCCCUUUGGCCAUAGCCUUAAAGUGACCUUUUUCAUAGUCUUAAGCUAAACUGCAGUUGCAGAAAGCCAGAACCCUUUUUCAUCAUAAAUGAAUCAGUGCCUGAUAUAGAGAGGAACUGUGGAAGCCAUUUGAACUGAUAAAGCUGACCACAGUUUACCUUCUGGCCCAUUAAAGAAAAUUACACUACGUAAAUGGAUUCUAGGUUGUAUUGGCACAAACUCCACAGGCAAUAUUUUUUCCUCCACUACAGCAAAAUGAGUAUGAAGUGGGUAACGUUCCAUGGCUGAAAUCUUGAAAAUGGAAUGGAAAUCUUUACAUAGGGCCUGAUUCAAUAAGAAUGUGUUGGCUUCUGCACUGGAAAGCCUGGAAAAGCAGUUUCCAUAGCACAGAAGCUGGAUGCAUUGACCUUGGAUGCAUCUAGUUCAUAAUGGUUUUAUGUUUACUGGUCAUGAAGUUAACAUCUGAGCCUUUAUAUUUCUUAUUCUAAUGCAUUGACAGGAUUUCAGAUAUGUAGUCAUAAUGUCAUCUUGGAGCAAAUCUUAAAGCCAGGUUUCUCUUGGGUGCUUUGCUUCUCUGUAUAAUGGUCUCAGCUGAUCAAAAAUGUGGAGUUUGGAAGGAGACAGGCUAGAUUCUGAGCAACUCCCGGUUGCAAAAAAAAAAAAUGCAGUUUCUUCUACAAGGUCGUACUGCUUUGUAUCACGCCAUACUGGAAGCUGUAGGUUAUAUUUUAUAAGCAGCCUGUUUCAUAGUCUGGAGUAGCAUUACUUUUAAAUGUAGCCAGCUGUGACUGUUUCUGAAAAUGUGAUGUAUAUACAACUUGUUAUAGCCUUUUACUAGGUGUAUGUAAACUGAGGUCUAAUAAGUUUAUGAAUACUGCUCUACAAGGGGCUGCACAGGGUCUAGGUUUUAGGAUUAUUACUUUUAAAAUCACCAGUAUUUUACAAGCGCAAGUGGGGGGGAGAUGUUUCUAUGUAGUCUAAUCUGAUGUGCCUUAUGAAAAAAAACUCUUCUAAAUGUAGGCUAUAUUCUGAAAGAAAUAUUUCAUGUGAGAAUGAUAUAAAUGAGGUAUUUGGAAAUAAAUGCUGAUCCACG